AUGGCAAUGCAGCAUCCUUUGCAAGCUCGUGGAUCACUGACUGACAAGGUAGGAUAUCUUUGAUGAUAUACCAUCUUAUAGUCCAUUUUUGCCGGACGUUAGCCCUUUCUUUUACUGAACUGAUGACUCUCUGUGUCGUGGCUUUCUUGCUUUCAGGUUCUUGAUGAAACACCAAAACAAGGUAGAGGAAGAAGCAAGAGUAAAGACACGCCACUUCAGCCUUCUCCCCAUGGUCCGCCAAACCCAGGCAUGGACUGGCCCCCUCCCAAAGCAAAACAGACUAAACCACGGCAGAGGAGAAGCAAGAAAGCAGGACCAAAAGCUGAUCCUGAUCUUGAGCUACAACAACAGAUGCUUCAGCAACAGUUAUACCAACAAAUGGAGCAAAGGCAUCGUCUUAUGCAACAAAAGCAAGGGCUGUACGUUGAACAGGGAAAACAUCCCGGGCAACAACCUUCACCUUCAUUAACUCAAAAUGUAGUUGAUAACCCUGGUGUGCUUGCUCAAACAUCUAUGGAUAUGCCGCACCCAACGCGACCUUUAUCACACACGCCAGAACUGCAACAAGGGCUGCCAUCAAGACCAGAUUCGCAAAUCGGCUUGCCCCCUGGAACAACAGGUCCUCAGAUGCCCUCGGGUCCUCAAGUGCCCCUUCCUCCUAACAUGCAAAUUCCUCCAGGUCAUCCACAAAAAAAUGAUCAAGGUUCCUUUUCUCAGAGAUUCCCAACACCGGAAGAUUAUCUUAAGCAAUUUGGCCAAAACCAGAUGCAUCAGAGGCAACCAACCGUGCGGUAUGUAGCAGAAGCAAACAACCCCUUCAGCGAUCAGUUUCAAGGUUUGGAAAACAAAGGAAGAGGGCGAGGAACAGAAAAGAAGAAACCUGGUCCCAGGAAACCAGGGAAGCCUCGAGGCAAAAAAGCAAAAGAAGCAGUACUUCCAGAUGUCGACCCUCUACAACAGCAGCAAACGAGUUCUGCUGUUCGAGAGCUUGUUUCUCCAUGGCAUGCUGCCACACCAUCACCGCUAGCACGGGACGUAAUGCAAGAAAAAUCAGAAGGCACAGGAGUUCCCCAGUCCCCGCAAGUGCAGAUUAAUACCGGGCCUGCUGAUCGUCAUGAGUCAAUAAAACAAGAGAAUCCCGAUGGAAGUAAAGACGACAAAGAUCAGGAGAAUACAAAGCAGGACAUUCCAGCAGAGCAGCACACUGAGGCUGGUUACGGCGCGCCGUCCGAAGGAGAAGCAAAAAAGGACCUCAAUGUUGCUGAGAAGGAGAGUACAGGUGACACGCGUGGUGUUACAAAAGAGGGGUCUGAGUCUGCUGAGAAGAGUAAAGGGGCAUGCAAAGGUACGGGGCUAGAAGCACUGCAAAGGUUGGAGUCUAUGGUUGCAGACAUGGCAAAUGAGGAAGAAGCAUGUAAAGAGCUGGAGAAGCAGUCUGAAUUGGAAAGACUGCUGGAUGAGAAUGAAUAUGAUCCUGAAAUGGACAAGAUAUACGAAAGAGAUUUUAUAGAAGACACUCCAUUCGAAAGAAGCUUACUCUCACCUAAUAAAACUGUGGGCAAUGGAUCUCAGGCUAACUCUGUGGCGUCUCUUGAGUGUCAUGAAGAGAGUCUCAUUUCGCCGUUGUUUGAGGAGCCUGAAAAAAGAAAAGAGCGGCAGAAGUUUUUCGCGGACGUUUCGUGUAGCGAAACACCUCAAGUAGAAAAGAAAUGUAGUGACGAGUCUAUGGGUAAAACUGAAAGCGAAGAGCGAAGUAAAAAAGAGAUUUUGCUGACACCUUCUAUCGAACCAUCUCUAACUCCUGAUGUUGCUACUCCUGUUAUUGAUUCUAAAGAAGAUGCUAUCGAGGUGGUUGAUCAUGGUAGAAACGUCAGCGAUCAAAGUAGAGAUCAGUGUAAGCAAGAAGUUAUCGAGGAUACUGUAGCAAUUAGGAAUGAAGGUUCAAUGCAAGAAUUAGGUUCACUUGAUGCAGUUGGUAAUCAAGGACCUCAUGAAAAUAAAGGCACUCACAGAGAACUAGAGCAAAGUAUUGGAACAACAGAAUCUGUGUCAAUUGGGAGUGCUGCCUCCGAAGGCAUCCGUCCUCCGGAAAGUGCCGUCCCUGUAUCUAUUACGUCAAGUGUUGGACCUUCAGUAAACGAGCUGCUAAAUAGCGUAAAUGGCAAAGACUUGAUUGUUCAAGAAUGUAAAAACCAUCAGCAGACGCUAGGCGAAGCUCCUUUUGGAAGCGGCAGGGAUGUAUGUGUAGCUUUUCCUCAGCAAAAUGCUACAAAUAUGAGUAGUUGUAUUGUACCAGAAGCUGUACAUGAAACUGUGGAUCAAAUCUCCGACACUAAGAAAUACUACACGGCUGAUCCAGUACAAGAACCAACAGCAACACUUUCUGCUCGUCCAGUUCAGCGUGAGAAGCCUGCUAAGGCAUCAAAACAAUCGAGUCGACCGAAAAACCAGCAUGGAUUAUCAGAUGCAGUAGCAAAGAAGAAAACCUCUACAAAGGAGGAAGACCCCAUUAAAAAGCAGUGGCAGGAGCUGAAAAGACAGGAGUACGAGCGAAAGAAGCGCGAGUACGAGGAACAACAGAAGAAAAAACGAGCACUUCAGCAACAACUUCGCAUAGAAAAACAAAUGAUCAGACAGCAGAGGAAACGGCAACGUAUUUAUAUGAAUCCCAGCAGCCGGAGCAAGCAGAAAACAGAAGUUGCUAACACUGCUAUAUCCUUGACGAUCUCCACUGUUAACAACUCUCACAAAGAAGUCAAGCCGGGGACUCCUCUUUCUCUCUGCGAACCCAAGUUGCUUUUGACUCAUGCCUUGACACAUCCGUACGGAAGCAGGCCUUUUAACGGGCAGUGUCCUUUGAAAGGAAACUUUGGUUCAGCAAAAAUAGAUGGAAUGGUUGACUUUUAUUCACAGUUUCCAAUAUCUGGGGUGGAUGUUGUGUUGGGACAUCCGCCGACCCCACCCUCGUCUCUGCCACCCUCCCCAGGGGUGCAUCAGCAUAAGAACGAUUCCAAUGAAAAGCCUCUUGUAAAUGGCGACGUUUCGCCUGAGCAUUCUGAACGCGCUGAACUGCUUGCUUCUAACAAGGCACACGGUUCGGAUAGUGAGCGGCCAUCCAAACGGGCGCGGUACAUGGCAGUUUUGGAUUCUGCGAGAGGGGGCGUUAGUGUUCCUCCAUCAAUGCCUACUCCUCCUUUGUCCGAUUCGGCAGCGUCGUCUGUGAACGAUCGAAUCGCUGACGCACAAUCAUCUGGGAAACAACUUCUCCUUAUAAGGUCUGAAUCAAACGGUAAAGAAUCCAAUAGUAAUUCUUCGUCUUCGUCACCUGAAACAGUUCAGUACAUUGCUUCUUCAUCUCCGGAGUCCGAUGCACUCAAUAGAAUGCAGACUCCUAAGUUCUCAGCUUUAUUACAUCGUGACAGUACAGACUCGCCAACGUUUCCAGCAGUGACAAUAAAACGCGAGAAAGUGGAACACGUCUUACAAAAUGGUAUAUGCCCGUCUUUUAACGAUUCCUGUAGGAGUAUUUCGGAUACUCAUUUUGGUGAGACUACUUGCUGUGGGCCUAGAGCAGAGAAUGAUGCUGAUGAUUUGGACAAUAUUCACGUGUCAUUGACAUUGUCGCCAACAUCAGACCAAAGGGUCACAGACACUGUGGCGUCAGUCGCUGCAUUGAUAGGCUGUUCUCCUCCCCGACGCUCGGACAUUGUUAUUGAGCCGGCUGGAAAUACUGUACCUUCCAGUGGUUUCUUAAAACCUACUAACAAACUCGGCAGUAGUUCAAUAGCAGCUCCUAUGGCUCACACUUCAUCGGAUAUUUAUCAGAAAUCACCUUUUCCAAGUUCUCAAGUAAACCUCUCAUCUAGCGAGGAAAAAUGCUCGGUCAAAAGGCCAGAAGGUCCGUACUGUCGCCACUGUGAUGUUUUAGUAAUAGGUAUUGGUAUGAAACGUAAACCAGACGAUGAAGAAACGGUACAGGGACUAGACACAGUGAAUUCAAAUGAAACAGCCAAGGACAACGCAGAUUAUAAAAUCUACAGAGUUAGUGUGGAAGCAGGGGACUGUACAGGGGACAUAUUUUGCUCGGAAGCUUGCUUGAAGCAAUAUUUCGCGCAUGUUGUUUCUGAAUGUUCGUCACUAACGCAAGACUGUAAAUCAGGGCUCAGGGCCUUGCCGUCUCAUUCGGAUAUGUCUGUUACAUCUGUGGGUCAAACGAGUGUCGGAUCCGGUAACGUGACAACAGUUAAUGGAGUUGAUUGUCGGGGAGGAGUCGUAGCGGAUGGAUUAUCGCCGACAUCUUUACGGAAACUGCGAAGUCCUUCUUGGAAGGAAGAAGACCGAGAUGACCAGGUUAGUUUGUUUUUUUUUCCUCUUUACUCUGUUUCGUUUUUAUUUGAUAUACCAUGACCAAGAACAUUUUUGUUUUCCGUUUAUCCACGUAUACCGUGUACAACAUUUAUUUAGUGAAAACACUACUCAUUACGAUGGACAAUUUGAAGCUUCUGUAAAAAAGAAUGAUUCAAGACAUUGUGAGAGGUAUAGCAGAAAGGAUGAUCCGAAUUUCUAUAGUGAAACACACCCAGAGAUCAGAUCACAAGUAUUUGAAAGAUGUUGCUUUUCUUUAAACCAUCAUCAGGCCACCAAAUAACAAGGAGAAAGUGCGUGGUUUUAUGAUGGGCGGGGGUGGGGGCUCUCAUAUGAAUAAGAACCUGACAUGUUGCCAACAAUUUUAAUCUGAUGUCAUUUUGUACUUCACCAUGAAGUUGUGAGAAGUGCUUGGCUGUCUUUUAGAUUAUCUGACAUGUCUUUGUCAAGGUAUACUAUGUUUGGUACCUGCCUUCUUCAGUCAUUUUCUUUGACUGUUUGUGAGGCAGACACCUUUGUAGCCUCUCUAGCUUUUCUUUUUGUGUGUAAACUCUAGAAAUUCAUGAAUAAAAAUUUAUAAAAUACACUACCAAAAAAACAAACAAACUGUUAGACCAAGUCUGUCGUAGAGGCGUACUUUAGGGAUACUUUUUGCAUCUGGAGAAGCCCACAUUGGCAUGUUCUACACUUGGGGACAUUUACAUUUUCGUGUAGCCUGAGAAAACAGCCGACAUUUGGCGACGCUACCACUGGUUUCCCCGCCAAAUGACGUCUUGAGAAACGAGCGUAGAAAUUCCAUACUUAAUACGCGUCAUUACCCAGAUCUGGGUAGUGCUUGUGAUUGGUUAAAGCAAAUUUCCCUCGCGACACGACCAAUCAGAAGCACUACCCAGAUCUGGGUAGUGACGUGUCAUCAGUAUGGAAUUUCUGCGCUCGUUUCUCAGACGUCAUUUGGCGGGGAAACCAGUAGUGGCGUCGUAAAAUGUCGGCUGUCUUCUCAGGCUACAUUUUCUUUUUGUCGUUGGUCUCGUUAACAUCUUUAAGACCUUUAUUUUAAGGGACUUUGCAAUUAAAGGGAUUGUGUGUGUUGUUUGAACGACGUUUUGCACUCGCUUCGAGACUUUCCACAAUAACUGAAGCAUAUUUGGUAUCUUAUAUCUUACUUUUAUUAUCUAGGGAUGUUUUCAUUUCUAGCGUUAAUGUGUCAAGUUGAACAGAUGUUAGAACAUCGUUACUCUCUGUCUUUAGGGAAAUAGUUGCAAACGUCAGCGUCGGUUACAAUGGAAAAGAUGGCAGCAGAAUGAAGCGGCAAAAGGUGUCAACAAGCAACGAUUAGAACUUUCAGCUGAAGAGAUAACGGAGGUACGUGAAGCUAAUACAGUGUUACCGGUGUGUAACAACAUGAGCUAAGACCUGGAACAGCCCAGAGUUCCGGUAUUCUAAGGUUUGGUAUUCCGUACAGUGGUGUGUAAUCGCCAUUCUGAUUUCUAGACAUCUGAGUAAAUGCUGCAGUCAAAGGGGUGGGUUUAAGGCUGGAAGGACGAAGUGGACGGUAGAGGAGAGGAAGUUGUCCUUCUGUUUUUUACGUUUUCUAACCCCUCCCUCCCUUGCGUUUUUUAAGCAAAUUCUAACUAGAAGCAUUUAAAAGUAAUUUGACACGAUGUGUAAUUCUUUGAAGCAAGCCGUCCACUUUUGGUUGCUGUACAAAACUAGUGACCUUUUUUCGUUCCUGUUGACGUACAAUCAUCAGAGAUUGAUUUGUAACUGUCACGUCUUUUCUUAGCUUCUAGGAAAACAUGGCGCGUUGAAGCCCUGUGCUGAUCUGCCAGAUGACAAGAGGUCUUGUACUUUGUGUGGUGAGACAGGCGAUGGAGACAACAACGCUUCAGCUCGGUCAGUACAACAUCUAUCCUGGGAAAAGGACUCCUACACGAGCUAUCUCGUAUACUGUAAACUACUACUAAACAAAAAAAUACAUCCAGUUAUAGACUCCUAGCUUUUAAGCUUGAUUCAAAAUCAGUAAAUGAAAAACGUGUUUUUAUCAGCACUGCAAUAGCUUGUUUCGAAGCGAUUUUUCUUAUCUGGUUUAUAUAAGCCCCCUCAGUUUUAAGGACCUCCUAUUAACCCAGGGCUAAUAAGCGGCAAUUUACGGUAUUUGACUAAUUUGUCUUUGCAUUAUUUACUUUGAAAUUCUGGAGCAGAAUCUCAGGUUCACUGAUCUGUACCAAGACCCUAUACAACAUUUCGUUAGCCUUUUCAGCCGGUUCAACUAUCCAUUAACCGACUGUUUUCAACUCGCUACUUCCCUUUGAUAACAGUACUUGGUACUCGGAAGGGUUAUCCUGGAUAAAUAUUCAAUUAUUAUUAUUAUUAUUAUUGUUAUUAUUGUUAUAAUUAUUGAUUAACUACUGUUUCAACUUAUAGCUGUUUACCCACAAUAGCACACUAGGAUAAAUACUUAAAUUAUAGCCUGUUUGGAACACAUGCCGUGCAAAAAAAGAAGAAUCCAGACAUUGCUCAACUCAGAAAACCAAAACACACCCCCUUGAUCACAUAAACAAAUAUUAAACUUCCGAUGAAAAAAGUAAGGUGGAUAGUAGCCAAAACAAGGCUAAUUUAAUGCCAUAGGGGAGAGUUCCAAGCCAAGGUCAGGAGCCUAGGUAACAAAAAGACAUUGUAUCGAUAGAAGCCGCUAAUUAUUUAGUAUCCGCUAUGCAGACGAUGCUCAAAAAAAAAUUAGGAAGGAAAAUGUCUUGGCCGAAGGAAUUUUUGAUCACGAGUUUAAAAAGAGUGUGGCAAAAAUCACGUUACCCAUCUACAAACUUCGGAACGCUUGGGCAGUCCGGCAAUCCAUUUUGCUUGGGUUGUCCAGUUACUUGUUUUUACUAGCCUGCGCCAUUUUUGUGCUGAAGGAAAAAAUUCCAGGACGCGCGCGCACGCGGAAGAAGAGGCGUGUUCCCCUCGCGCGCCCGAUUGAAAUAACCCAAAAAAUAACCGGCGCCAACCACGUAGGCUAGCCCUUACUUGUUAUUAUGACACCUAUCACUGAAGAAAAACAAACAAAAACCCAUCGUAGGGUAGUGAAUGUUAGCUCCAAUAUAAAGUCCUUAUCAACUCUUGUGGUUUCAAACUUGUUUGUGGUUGGUUUAUUUGCAGUCUGCUGAAUCUCGAUGUGGAUGUUUGGGUUCAUCUCAACUGUGCGCUUUGGUCACUGGAAGUUUACGAAACGUUAAACGGCGCUCUCAUGAACGUGGAUGUAGCUGUUAAAAGAGGAACUGUAACGGUAGGAUAAGGACCUGUGAUGAAACUAUAUAUCUGAUGAACUCUUUUCUCUUCACCAAGUGAAUUUACCCAUAAAGUUAAUCAGUUUUUUCAAAUUGUUUCCUUCUCGCAGAACUGUGUGGUGUGUUUGAAAAGAGGUGCUACCGUGUCAUGUAAUCAGAAGAUCGGCUUGUCCAAGAUUGGCUGUCCAAACAAUUUUCACUUUAAUUGUGCGAUCACUCAUGGCUGUGUGUUCUUCAAGGACAAGGUAAACUUUGUCACAAACCGCGUCGAAUUUGCAUAAUUACAGGACUAAAAUAAUUUGCUGGUAAACUCUGAACUGUUGGUGUUCCUUGUUUUUUCAGACGAUGUUGUGUCAUGAGCACAGACCAGAUACCCCUGGAAUGACGGAUCUGAUUCUAUCAUCGUAUGCUGUUUAUCGGAAGGUUUAUGUCAACAGAGACGAGAUUCAGCAGAUCGCAAGGUUAAUAACUUUUUUGCACUUUCUUUCUUUCUUUCGCUGUGGCACGUUUUUUGUUGCUAACCACUGAACAUUUUUCCGCCGCCAGUAUGUUACGUCACAAUCAGGAAACCAACGAUAAACCUCAGACGUUACGAGUUGGAAGCCUGGUAGUGAGGUCCUUGGGACAGCUUCUGCCACAUCAACUGCAGUCAUUUCACAGCAGAGACUCCGUCUAUCCGGUAAUCUCCCAUGCGUGCAGUUGUUUUGUUUAAGUCACUGGUUUCAUCCAAGCUGAACUGCGCUUAGUGAGCGAUAUUAGGGAAACACGGGUGUCGAAGGCGUUAACCUGUGUAUAUGUUUUCGGCUAGACAUGCAUUCCAAUGCACACAUGUAUUUUAGAAACUAAAUAACGGAUAAUAGAAACUAAGUAACGGAUAAUAGAACCCAGCGUGUAGUCUCGGACAGUCUUUCUCUUAGUGAUAAACGAGAAACUAUAGCUAAGUUUUAUUUCAAUUGUCUAUUCAAGAACAGCGCAACUCGCUCUCGAAGACCCAGGGACAGCUAAGCAAGACGGGAUACUAUAAGAUCAACGGAAGAGCAUUUUGACACCAAGAAACAUUUGAAUACUUCCCUUUUGACUCUUUGGCCAAUCAGAAGUGAUUGGCUGCCUCUGGGUCACCAAGAAUAAACAGAACUAUUCAUAAAUGUUUCCAGAUAUGAAUGUUGGAGUCGUGCAAAAGUUUACAAGCGGCUCUUCUCAUGUGGUUUUUACAUUAAACUUGUACUAAUUUAUUACACGACAUCCAUUCUUUAAACAUCGACGUGACGUCAUCUCAUUUGUUUUAGAAACAAUUUGUCCUUGCAAGGUGCAUUUUAAAGUUUCUUUAAAUUAUUUUUUGAAGACGCGGUUUUCUUCUUUACUGGAUUGUUUCUUGGUGUAUCAGGUUGGCUUCAAGACAAUCCGUUUCUACUGGAGUAUGCACUCUGUGAACCGCCGCUGUAAAUAUCAUUGUAUGGUUGAGGAUGCAGAGGGUAUCCCGAGUUUUACCAUCAGAGUGGAGGACGACGAGCAAAAAGAACAACUUAUCUUUCGGGGAAAAUCGCCAAGAGGUAAGCAGAGCGUGCUAUGAAGAAGUUAGAAGUGACUUGUGUCAGACUUGUGUCAGAUAAUGCAACUGACACAACGAAAUGCGAUUUUCAGUUAUUACUUAAAUUUAGACGCUGAAUAUAACCACGUCCCUUUCUUUCUUAGAACAGUAUUUUGGGGGGUUAGGGCUCUUUUACGUCCCCUGUGCGUUGAUAAGGAAGAAUGAAGGAGAAAAGGAAAAAAACACAAAUGAAGAACAAACAAACAAAAAAACAGCAACCAAAACUAUAACAACUUGCAACAAGCACUCUACCUUGUAUCUACGAUAAAGAUUUAUUAUCAUGCCAAAAGUAGUAAUAAUAGUGUUAAAAAAAUCAGACAAGGCUAACGGCUUGAUGUUACCGCCCAAUGACAAGAUCAUUUGAAAUACGACAAGGUCUUCAUCCAAGCCGGCAUGAUCUGACCAGUUUUUGUAAAAUACCCUGGUUAAUGGUCCCGGCGCCAGGGUUCGAAAUGGGGACCUUCCAGACCACAGAUCUACGCUCAUUCAGCGAGUUAACAUGUUAUUUUUUCAGUUGGUAGUAUACUGAAUUCUCUCCAAGAUCCUGUCCGUUUAAGGGAUAUAUACGUUAAAGAGGUGUGCGACUGUAAUAUCCAUGUCAGUGUUAAAAUGGAUGGGUUACAUUAAAGGAGUUAUAUAUAGUUAGGGUCGAUUAACAAUUUUAUUACACUUUGUCGUUUCUUCUCAACAGAUGUCUGGCAACAGAUUCUCAUUCCCAUUUUGAAAAUGAGGAAGGAGAAGGGGCUCGUCAACUUGUUCCCAGAAUACAUCUCAGGAGAGGUAAGUGGAAGAGUUCUUACGUUUCAUCACUGAUGGGUUAACUACUUGUUGUUCUUGUAAUCUGGUUCAGAUCUCGACCUGGCCAGAGGCUCUACCAGAAAUUGUCCCUCGCUUGUCCUGAAUUUUAUCGCUCAACCCUGCUUUUUCUAUCCCGCCUUGGGGAUUUUUAACCCGUUCUUUUGAAUUAAACCUGCUGUUUCAAUUAUUGUUCAACCCCAUUAGGUUGGUACUUAAACAUUUUGCAGUGUUGUGGAAGAGGUCAUUUACUGUUAUUAAUUAUUUUGUCUUAUUUCGCAGGAUUUGUUUGGGUUAUCAGAGCAAUUUGUACUGAGGAUUAUCGAGUCGGUACGUGUCUUCCUGGUCGUUCACUACUGCUAGAUUCUUAGUUAGUGCCAAGCCUGCUGUGAACCGCUUAUUUGUUUUUUCCUGGUUUUAGAUGCCUGGUGUAGACCAAAUGCAAGGAUACAAUAUGCGUUAUGGCCCGUCACCCAUAAUGGAGCUGCCGUUAGCGGUAAAUCCAACCGGUAGUGCCAGGUCAGAGCCGCUAUUGAGAACACAUUUCAGGAGUGGAAGGUGUGUGUCGCAAGCUUUGUUAUUCGUGUUCUGUACAACUUUAUUAUGAAUAUCGUACCCGGUGUCGCUUUUUUUUUUGCCUCAAGUCUAACCUUUUGAAGACAAAAUCGCCAUCUCGGCGUUAGGUUAUAAAGUCGAUGAAAGUAAUACAAGGCUUAGGUAACUUGAUUUGUCGCGCUUCAUCGUAACCCUCAUCGCACUUCGUACAGUAGGUACUUGGACUGCUAAGGCAUUGUGAGACGAGCAAGCUGUCGCUGAAUUUUUCCAUCCCGUAACAGUCUGGCAGGCCAACCGGCAAAUGUUGGUUGCCCGCCGGUUGUGCCCAUGGGAAAACCUGCGGGAAAGUCGCACCUCUCCCCCACCCUCUUCAGCGAGAACUAGUGUAUGGAAGGUUAUAAUCAAUGUUAUCAUUACUUUUGUCCACAGAGCUCGCGCCCUUCGGUCUGCUACCAGUUCUGGCACCGCCGUAUCCCCUGCAGCCACGGUCAGUUCCGGAAUCGCCGACGAGUCAUCUGGUCUGUAUCUUAAACAGUUCGUAUUCUCCAAAGCUGCGCAAUACCGCAAGCUAAAAACCGAGUGGAAAAACAACGUCUUCUUGGGAAGAUCCAACAUUCAAGUAAGUGCUUUGAUAUUCCGAAUCACUGUUAAUGAAAGUUUGUUUGCUAGUUUGGGGCCCCGGAUACCUUCACAGAAUAUUAUGUUGGGCCUCUUAGAAAACAAGGCAACUGCUUGCUUAAACACAGCACAUCUUCAGUCUAAAUGUUUUAUUCCUCACGGGGGCAUUUUCUUGUGAGGGCAAGUUUUAAGAUGGUUUGAAAUAAAAAUCGGCGUAGUAAUGUCGCGUCUUUGAAUAUUAAGUUUCGUUUGUUUGCAGGGCUUGGGACUUUUUGCGAACAAGGACAUGGAAGGGGUGAGUUAAGAUGUUUUUUCGUCAUAGCGAUUUAGGUACUUUGCAGCCCUUGACUUGCGAUCCUUAUUAGCACCUGUUAACGUGGAAGGAAGGCAACCCUCCCAGAACGUGAAAAGAAUGUCUUAUGUGCUUUUCACCCAAUCACAAGUGAGACAACUUGAGGACAAGAAAAGUCAUCUUGCUCAGUGUAACCAGACAGUCUAGGGUCUAGUGUAGUGUGAUCCUCUCCUCAGGGUAACUCGAUCUACGUCGUGUAAACCCGCGGGCAAUCCCGGAAAAUAUGUGGGUACCCUCUUUCCUUGUAAACAGACCAUAACACAACUUACACUAGUACACUGUUGUUGUGGCUGUUUGUUAAUAGCGACCUUUAGGUUAGUCGUCGAGUACAAGUAAGAGUUAAGAAUUUUGGGCUAAUUUUAUCUCGUGAACUAUAACUAUAUGACAAGCACAAAAAUGAACGUUCAGGAUGAGAUUGAGGCACACGAAUUUGGUUUGACAACUGCUACUUGUGCUAAAUCCAAUGUUAAGGUCGCUUAUGUCGAUGUUGUUCCUUUUUUGGUCGUGUCAACAGGGAAGUAUGGUCAUCGAGUACAUUGGCUCUAUCAUACGAAACGAAGUGGCCAACAGAAGAGAGCAAAUCUACGAGAAGCAGGUAACGUUUGCGCGAAAACGUUUUUAAUUCCAAUGUUUGUGAGUGUGUCUUUUUGCCAUCAAGAUUUCUAUGGUCAUUGCGCAACUGGUAAAUCUCAAACGUGAGUUCAUGGAAAACUCAGUCAAGAAACUCGCCAAGAAAAAGCAAAAGAAUCAAGCGUUUAAUGAGUAUCUUUAUAUCUGAUACAGACAGGCCUAAACUUAACAUCCAAUCUCCUAGCCAAAAUACGCCAACCCCCCCCUCCCCCCCGCCCGCCCCCAUAUCUAAAUACCCCAUUUUUACUUAAUUUCGCGUAUAUUAUUUCGCGGGAUUAUAUUUUUUGGGCCAUCUCAAUUGGGCAACUAUGUAUAAAAGGCUUUAAAUAUCGCGAUUCAAACGUUCUCACUCAACUUCGUUUUAGUUUGCAAAAAGUCUGAACUUUUAAAAUUUCUCUCUAAACUUGAAAAACAAAAAUGCAUGUUUAAAAAGGAACUCUUAAUACACGAAGAAGCAAAACGCGUAUUUGGAAAAUUAACUUUAAAUGUGUUAACGUUAUUUCACAACGGAAGAUGCAAAAUGAAACUAACCCGCACUGAUUUGUGUGUUUGUCGAUACAUAUGCUGUGUAUGUUCAGUUGUUGUUAUGUUACAUGUUAAUCAUUUUUUUUCGGUCAUUUUAUGGGUAUUAAAUUUAGCGAGGAUUUUUAUUCGCGUACCUUUAAUUUCGCGAUUUUUUUACAAUCAAGGAACGUGAAAUUGAAGACCCUGCGAAAAUUAGUACCAGUAAGAUAUUUGUACCAGUGAGUAGCAAUAAGGUAUUCGUACAGGAAUGAAAAGAUCAAGCUAAUGUCGAAAGUAUAAGAUUCUUGAUAUAAAACCGAAACCAAGAUCUUCUUAAAAGGAUUUAGAGUAAGGCGCCUUUAAUACGACCACUCUCCGCCGGACAGUAAGUUCCCCUUCUAUUAACGAGGUGAUUGAGCAAAAAACUGAGUGUUCGUAUGCAAGCCCCGCCUGACAAGAACUCCGUUAUUACGACCUUUACUAUUAUUUAGUCCCAAUCAUACCAACACUCGGUUAUUUUCUUUCUUGAAAACCUUUUGAACACGACCACCUCGUUAAAGCGAUUGGGUUUUUAUAGUCUGUUGAUGGCGGUGUAUUGCACUACUGACGUGUUAAGCAGUCGGCCGCAAGGAAACUUGAGAUGGAAAUACUGACCAGUUUUUCCUUUUUCCGUUGUUGUAGAAUCGCGGCGUGUACAUGUUUAGAAUUGACUCUGAUGCCGUUAUUGAUGCCACAAUGGCUGGAGGACCAGCGCGAUAUAUUAACCAUUCAUGUAGUGUAAGUAUUCCGCGACAAUUCUUACUUGUUCCCGUGAGGUCAGGUGGUCUUUGCAGUCGCAAGUGAAAAGGCGCUGUGUUGGGGGCUCGAAGUUUAUAGAAACUAGUACAGCCUUUUGUGGCCUGGCCGCAGUUGUUCAAAAGGUGGAUUACGCUAUCCACUGGAUGAAUCUCUGUCCAGUGGACGACGCAGUUGGUUUCCUUAAGGGUUGAUUUCCAGUGUCGCGUAAUUUUUAUGUGCGUACGUGCGUAAAAUUUACGGUCACAAAUAAAAUAGAGGCAAUGCAUGAAAGAUCUCUCGUAAGCGUAAAAGUUGAACCUCGCUCAACGUCUCGUUUAAGCUCACCACUUUUUUUUUAUCUUGCUUUUAUUUUAUUUACGUGCGUUAACGUGUGUAGCUAAAAACGCGUCAGUGGAAAUCAACCUUAACACUUAUCAGCUCGAUAGUGAUUUAUCCAGUGGGUAUAGUGCUAUCCAACGUUUGAACAACCGGGGCCUGGUGCAGCGGAAAAAGGGGUGACGAAGGUCUUUUCGCCCCUCUCUCCCCUCCCCCCAGUCUUUAUCCAACACUGUUAAGUGACAAAAUUUACCUUCAUNUACACGUAUAGUCAAGACUUCGUUUUCUGUCUAGCUCUGUGUGGUUGUGCUCCGUGACGUCAAUGGUAAUGUGCUAGGGCGUUUUUAAGGCGAGUAUUUGUGAUAUUGUGUCCUGUUUCGUGCGUCUUUUGGUUUUUGCGUUUUUUUUUUCCUUCUUUUUUUUUUUUUUUUUUUUUUUUUUUUUUUUUUUUUUUUUUUUUUUUUUUUUUUCUUUUUUUCCGUUUUUUUUUUUUUUUUUUUUUUUUUAAAUCUUUUGUUACAUCACUUGUCCUAUGGAACCUUUCACAAUACCAACAAACUACAAAUUUUCAAAUUCCAUUCGAUCUGGACGUUUAAAAGGUUGUUAAACGCGUUCUUGGGAACUGCUGUAUUAGGACGGUCGAUAAACAAAUUACAUUGUUUGAACAAGACUGAAGAGCCUUUAAAUCUCUUAGGCAUCGAUCCGGUCAAAAUAGAUUAUUCUCUCUUGGUCUGGCUUACUACCUCCGCCUUUUUCCACCCCUUUCCAUAUCAUAUGAAGCCAAAACUUACACAUCUUCAUUUUCUUACAGCUCACUUAUGACUACAAGUUCGACUUUGAGGAUGAAGAAAAUAAAAUUCCAUGCUUGUGUGGUGCUCCUAACUGCCGAAAAUGGAUGAACUGAGGAACUGAAUGUGGAGCAAUUUUCAUCGAAAUUUAUUUAAUCGUUAUUUAUUUAACGUGAAUGUUCUACAACUUUUGGCAGGUACAAAUCCAGAAUUUUCUUUAUACACCUAAGGACAACGGAAAAUAUAAUAUUGUAUGAUAUAUAAUUAAUCAUGUUUUAGUUCGCUUUUUCAAUUCGCAGAAGUGAAUUUGUCAUGUCAGACAUUUCAUGCAGGAAUAGCUAUAUGCCAUCCGAAAUACAGGAAUCGCUAGGUUUGUUUGUUUUUUUUUCCCUGUGCAUUUUUGUUUAUUUAGGUUCAC